GUCAUGCCUGAGCCGGCCAAGUCCGUUCCCGCCCCGAAGAAGGGCUCCAAGAAAGCGGUGACCAAAGCCCAGAAGAAAGAUGGCAAGAAGCGCAAGCGCAGCCGCAAGGAGAGCUAUUCUGUGUACGUGUACAAGGUCCUGAAGCAAGUCCACCCGGACACUGGCAUCUCGUCCAAGGCUAUGGGCAUCAUGAACUCCUUCGUCAAUGACAUCUUCGAGCGCAUCGCGGGCGAGGCGUCGCGCCUGGCACAUUACAACAAGCGCUCGACCAUCACGUCCAGGGAGAUCCAGACGGCCGUGCGCCUGCUGCUGCCCGGGGAGCUGGCCAAGCACGCCGUGUCCGAGGGCACCAAGGCUGUCACCAAGUACACCAGCUCCAAGUGACCCCAGCAAAAAAGUGCUUUUCGUGGUUAGUCUCAAAGGCUCUUUUAAGAGCCACCCACUUUUUCAGCACAAGAGCUGUAAUGAUUCGUCUCUAAUAUAAC